AGAAACGGGAGGCGAAGAGGUUGUAAGAGUUGAGUAACUCCAUAUAUAUUUUUCCGAGUCCUCCCACACCACCACGCCCAUCGCUAGAUCCCCAAACACUUGCCAUGAUUUUGUGCUCCAAAAACCCUAAUUUCUAAAACCACAAUUCGCAAAACCUCCCCCGAUCGAUCGCAUCGAAACCCUAGGGUUUUGCCCCAUCAUCGUCGGACUCCCCGAGGCCGUCUCCUUCCGAUCCUCUUGCGAUGGUUCUCUCCGGCGGAUCGUCGUCGCUCGCCCGCGGCCACGGCGACGAUCGGUUCUACUGGCCCCCGCCGAUCCGGAGGCAACACCAGCAGCAGCUGCUCCAGGAGGAGCAGCAGCGCGCCGCCGCAGCGGCGAAGGCGGCGCCGCCGCCGCGUCAGCCUACGCCGGCGGCGCCACCGCCCGAGGCCCGGGAGGUCGAGAGCCGAGCGGAAUCGGCCGAUUCGGAAGCGUCGAAGCCCUCACCUUCGCCCUCCUCUUCUCCUCCGCCCCCGCCGCCGCCGCCCCCGCCUUCGGGGAACUUGGAGCGGUUCAUCCAGUCCACGAAUCUACUAGUUCAAGCUCAAUACUUGUCCAAAACGAGUAUGAGGGGGUGGAGGAUAAGCGAUAAUACUGAAUCGUUCCCGUACUAUAAUCUCGCCGAUCUGUGGGAGUCGUUCAAGGAGUGGAGUGCUUACGGCGUUGGCGUGCCGUUGGUUUUGAGCGGGACGGAUUAUGUUAUACAGUAUUAUGUGCCCUUCCUAUCCGCUAUUCAGCUAUAUGUGAAUAAGUCGAGACCGAGUGUGAGCACGAGGCGACCUGGCGAGGAAAGUGACGGUGAAAACUACCAGGAUACAAGCAGCGAUGCUAGCAGUGAGAGUGAGAGUGAGAAGCUCAUUGCCGAACGAAGAGAAUCCUUAAGAAACACGGGAUGUGCUGAUCAAGAAGGCUUUUCCAGUGAUGAUAGCGAGGCUUGCAACCAAUCACAAGUGCCCAUAUUUGAAUACCAAGAGUAUGAUCCACCCUAUGGGAGACAACCUUUGGCAGAUAAGAUUUCUGUUCUUGCAACUAAAUUUCCUGAUUUAAAGGUGUUAAGGAGCUGUGAUCUACUGCCUCCCAGUUGGAUCUCUGUAGCUUGGUAUCCUAUAUAUAGGAUACCCACAGGCCCCACAUUACAGGACCUGGAUGCUUGCUUUUUGACCUUUCACUCAUUGUCGACGCCUUUAAAAGCAGACGCAAGAAGUGGGCAUCCCGAUAUAUAUUCUCUUGCGAACUUCAAAAGCACUUCCGCAGAUGCUUCGAAGAAGCUCGCAUUACCUUUGCUCGGGCUAGCUUCCUACAGGUUCAGGGAUUCUAUCUGGACUUCAAAUGGCUUGUCUGACCAGCAAUUAGCUGCUUCUCUUUUGCAAACAGCUGAUAAUUGGCUUCGCGGCCUAAAGAUUGAUACCCCUGACUACCGUUUUUUCGUCUCACACUACAAUACUUCUCUGAGUCGUAAGGAAUCCAUCUUUCAUACUAGCUGUUGUUGGAUCUAUCAAGGACUUUGGGUUUUCUCUGUAUAUGCUUAGAAUUGAGUAGAUCUUAGAAUGUGAUGUAUGGAACAGAAUUCUAGCAUAAAACAGGGGAGGCGGGAAUUCUCUGAAAUGAUGUUAUAGUAAUAGAUCAGUCAAAAUGCUGCUACAGCUAAUACUGCCCAUAAGCAGUUGUUUGUUGUAUUUAGGACACUAAUAGAUAUGUCCCCCCACCCCCCACCCAAAAAAAAAAAAAGAAAAAGAAAAUUGGUAUGCCUAUCUUUUCGCGGUCUCGAUUGACUUGGAGUAUCAAAUGUUUUUAGGUGUUUUAUUAGAAUUGAGUUACUUCAA